AUCACUAACAAAGAUAACUGAAUCAACUAAUCCAUUUUUUCGCUGUUUAACGAACGGUCUUUCCAUCCAUCCAAACAAAAUUUCCGUCAUUCAUUUCUCAGGGGGAGUGACAAAAAUGGCGGGAGGUUUUUCGCUGAUUCACUUGAAAACCUUCGCGCCGCCGUUAAUGGCGGUUGCAAACUCAGUUAAGGAGAGGGAAGUUAUCAAUAAGCCGAAAAUUGAAUUUUCAAGUUACGAUGAUAAAAUUCGAAAUUCUAGGGUUUUGAUUUUAGGCGGUACUGGAAGAGUCGGUGGUUCCACUGCAGUCGCGUUAUCGAAACUUUCUCCGGAGCUUCAGAUCAUUGUCGGUGGUCGUAAUCGUGAGAAAGGUGCAGAAAUGGUGAAAAAGCUUGGCGAGAAAUCGGAAUUUGUUGAGGUUGAUAUCAACAAUAUAAAUGCAUUAGAAGCUUCUUUACAAGAUGUAGAUCUUGUAGUUCAUACUGCAGGGCCUUUUCAGCAGGCAGAAAAAUGUACUGUACUUGAAGCUGCUAUUCGUACCAAGACUGCAUAUAUUGAUGUUUGUGAUGAUACGAGUUAUGCAGUUCGUGCCAAAUCUUUCUGCGAAGAUGCUAUUGCUGCCAACAUUCCAGCUAUCACAACUGCUGGGAUUUACCCUGGAGUGAGCAAUGUGAUGGCUGCAGAGCUUGUCCGUGCGGCAAGAGAUGAAGGCAAGGGUGAACCUGAAAGACUCAGAUUCUCAUACUAUACUGCGGGUACUGGUGGUGCUGGUCCGACAAUAUUAUCUACAAGCUUUUUACUAUUAGGAGAAGAGGUUGUUGCCUACAAUAAAGGUGAAAAGGUCAAGCUAAAGCCUUAUAGUGGGAUGCUUAAUGUGGAUUUUGGAAAAGGGGUCAGAAAGAAGGAUGUAUUUUUGCUGAACCUGCCUGAGGUACGAAGUGCUCACGAAGUUCUUGGGGUACCAACUGUCAGCGCCAGAUUCGGAACUGCACCCUUCUUUUGGAACUGGGGAAUGGCCAUUAUGACAGACCUUCUAUCACCGGAGUUUUUGAGGGACAGAAAAAAAGUCCAGCAGUUGGUUGAUUUGUUUGAUCCGGUAGUUCGGGCAGUUGAUGGUUUUGCUGGGGAGCGUGUCUCAAUGAGGGUUGAUUUGGAAUGUUCAGAUGGGCGCAAUACAGUUGGUAUAUUCACACAUAAGAGAUUGUCUAUAUCGGUUGGAGUAUCUACUGCCUCAUUUGUCCUUGCUGUCCUAGAGGGUAGUUCUCAGCCUGGGGUAUGGUUUCCUGAAGAGCCUGAAGGAAUCGCAUUGGAGGCACGGAGUGUCUUAUUGGAGCGUGCUGCUCAAGGAACGAUCAACUUUGUGAUGAACAAGCCUCCCUGGAUGGUGGAGACUGACCCGAAAGAGGUUGGUUUAGGAAUAUAUGUCUGAAGUGCUCGACCGUCUACCAAUGAGCCUUUAUCAGGAUCUGAAAUGUAGGAUCACACCGGACUACAAUGAUGCAACCGUUCUACCUUGCUGUUUCUGUGCAUGAAAUCAUUAAAAAAGCUUGGCAAACAGUAGAAGGUUGCAGAUCAUCUUAAAUACCAUUCUGAAAUCAAGACUAGAGUUGUGUGCACAGUGAACGGCGUUCUUUUAUGCUUCUUCGACAUGGGAGUGGAUUAGUAAAAAUGGAUCGCUCUAGCAUCUGGCAAGUGGCAAUGUCAACAUUCUUUUAGAUUUGUUGAAAAAACAUCUGGUGGAAUUAGUAAAUGAUUAAGAUGUGUACAACGAUUGAUGUUCAAUUUGCAAAUUUGUUAUUAUAAUUACGCUGACUUUGUGUUCGA